GCUCGCAAUGCGCAUGCGUGGACAUUUACCCAGCAGGUAAACUCAACCAUGGCGGCGAGAGGCCAUGUGCAGGAUCCCAACGACAGGAGACUCAGACCUAUUUACGAUUAUCUCGAUAAUGGCAACAAUAAAAUGGCAAUACAGCAGGCGGACAAACUGCUGAAGAAACAUAAGGACCUGCACUGUGCCAAGGUCCUCAAGGCGAUCGGUCUCCAGAGGACCGGGAAGCAGGAUGAGGCGUUCACUCUGGCGCAGGAGGUGGCCACUCUAGAGCCCACUGAUGACAACUCGCUACAGGCUCUGACUAUACUGUACAGAGAGAUGCAUCGUCCCGAGCUGGUCACUAAGCUCUAUGAAGCUGCAGUGAAGAAGGUUCCUCUCAGCGAGGAGUAUCACUCUCACCUCUUCAUGGCGUACGCUCGCGUCGGGGAGUACAAGAAGAUGCAGCAGGCAGGAAUGGCCUUGUAUAAAAUCGUCCCCAAGAACCCGUAUUAUUUCUGGUCUGUCAUGAGUCUGGUGAUGCAGGCCAUCUCAGCACAAGAUGAAAAACUGGCCCAAACUAUGUUCCUGCCUCUCGCUGAACGCAUGGUGGAGAAAAUGGUCAAAGAGGAGAAGAUUGAAGCUGAAGCAGAGGUGCAGUUGUAUUAUAUGAUUCUGGAGCGUUUGGGGAAAUGUGUCGAGGCCCUUGAGGUGAUCAGGGGCCCACUUGGGGAGAAGCUGACCAGUGAGCUGCAGAGCCGAGAAAGCAAAUGUAUGAUGCUCUACCAGAGACUACAGCGCUGGCCCGAGUGUAACGCCUUAGCCCACAAGCUGCUGCUCAAAAAUCCUGACGAUUGGCAGUUCUACCCCUCCUACUUUGACUCUCUCUUCCACCUGAUCGAUCAGUCGUGGAGCCCGCCUGAAGAUGGAGAACACUGCUCGGAGGGUUCAGUUCAUCACACCGUGGCUGAAGUCGUGAGGUUUGUGGAGGACAGAAUUAAAGGGGAAGACGGCAAAGAUUCCCGCUCGCUCAGAGGACCAUAUUUAGCUCGACUUGAAUUAAUGCACAGACUGAGAGAGCGGGGAUGUCCUGAAGAAAGCCUGCUCGGUGAUCCUUUAGAGCUGAUGGUGCAGUUCUUUGGGAAGUUUGGAGACAAACCCUGCUGCAUCACCGACCUCAAAAUAUACCUGCACCUGCUGCCUCCUGAUCAGCACGUUCAGUUCAUAAACCGUCUGAGUGAAGCGGUCCCUCUGGGCGAGCAGGGAGACGAGGGAUUCGCAUUCCCAGACGACACCAAAGCGCUCCAGAGACAUCUGUGCGUGUGUCAGCUGAGUCGAGCGCUCGGCCUGCAUCACUCCCUCGACGCGGACGGAAAACUGCGGCUCAUCUCGGAGCUCAAGGCGCACUAUCGUCACGGCCUCAAGUUCGGGAAGACGGCGCUGAAGACGGAGCUGCAGUUCUCCGACAUGUAUUGUCUCAUGGCCGCUCAUGUUUACGUCGACUUAUGGAAGGAGACCGGGGACGAGAACAUGGUGUGGCAGGGUCUAGGCGUCCUGCAGGAGGGUCUGUCUCACAGCGCCUCAAACGCUCAGUUCAAGCUGCUGCUGCUGCUCCUCUACUGUCACCUGGGCGCCUUCGAGCCCGUCGUUGACCUUUACUCCAGCCUGGACGCCAAGCAUGUUCAGCACGACACCAUCGGGUUUCUGUUGACUCGUUAUGCCGAGUCGUUGGGUCAGUUCGCUGCAGCCUCCCAGUCCUGUAACUUCUCCCUCAGGUUUUUCCACUCCAACCAGAAAGAUACCUCAGAGUAUAUCAUCCAGGCGUAUAAGUACGGAGCGUUCGAGAAAAUCCCAGAGUUCAUCGCUCUCAGGAACAGGCUGAACCAAUCGCUGCACUUUGCUCAGGUCCGUACUGAGAGGAUGCUGCUGGACCUGUUCCUCGAGGCCGACAUCGUGUUGAGUCUGGACGAGAGCGUGAAGGCCAUGUCUCUGUCUGCGGAGGAGGAUGACAUCCUCUGGGACAACAUGAGGGACAACAGAGACCUGACUGUUUUUACCUGCUGGGACCCUAAAGACAGACAGUUAACCGAGGAGCACCGGCGUCAGUCCCUCGAGGAGGAGACGGUCUGGCUGAGGAUACGCUCUCUCACACUCCGCCUCCUCGCCUCUUUGGCCUCGCAGGGACACGCGACACCGCAGCAAAACUCCCAGAUUUCAAACGAGAACGGAGUCGGAGACAAGACGUCGAUCCUCGGCAGCCUGCUCGCCCAGCUCAACCAGACGCUGCAGACGGCCGCUGAGUCGGCAGAAAAACGCAUACAGUAUCCAUUCCUGGGACCCCCCUCCACCCGCCUGGCCUCAGCUCUGUCCAGUGGGAGCUGUCAGUGUCAGGCUGCAGCCUUCCAGCUGUCUGUGCACCUGCAGGAGCUGGAGUCCGUUGGAUUAGAUGAAUCGUCAGAGCUUCAAAACCAGAUCUGUAACAGUUUCAAAUCUUUAGUAGUUCAGCUUCAAGAAAUUCUGAAUAAAUGCAAAGGGGAUUUAUUGGAAAUGAAAGAGGGCAAAUUAAAAACAGAGCCCUCCUUAUUAGAAAACCUAAUCUUCUUUGUUGAGACAAUGUGCAUAGCCUUGUGGAUGGCGAGUAACUGUGCAAAGAUCCUCCGACCGCUGAAGACUAGUCUACAGAAGAAGAAGAAGAAGAAAAAGGAUGCAAACACAGCUCUGCCGGUGGUGGUGUGCGGGUUCCAGGAGCUGACGGGGAGCUUGCAGGACCUGCUCACCCAGAGUGUGGAGUUUAUAAAGGAGCAGGAGACGAGCAUAACAGCCCUUAAACUGGCCAGUUUAAGCUUGGAAGAAUUCCCACAGGAUGAAGCAUCGUUUAUGAAGGCUGCUAUGGACAAGGUGCAGAGCAGUUACCUGCGCUCUUUACAGGAGGUGGGAGAUCUUCUCAAGAAGAGAGCAGAGACUAUAAAGAGCCUCAAGAUCUGAACACCAUCACACCCCCCCCAAAAUAAAGACGACUAUACCCCCCCCCCACCCCCCCCCACCCCUAAACACACCACCAUCGGCCCCUCAACGCCCUGCUCCACAAGUCUGUCAGCUCACCAGCUAACCCCCCCCCUCCCCAAGUCCCUCCCCUUGACUCCACCCGCCCGAGCACACAGUCGUUUCUGACCUCCUUCCUCUCCGGCAUCACUCGGCGUUCGUGAUCUCUCUCUCCGCCUGUUCUUCUUUUUCUCUCCUUUUUAUUUUUAUUUUUUAAAGUUUUUUCAACAAACACCUCUGGAACAUUUGCAACUCUUAUAGCACACGAAGCUUGUAAGUAAACUCAUGAAUUUAUACAGCAGAUAUACGCAAAAACGAUGGGAGGGGGGAAAAGAGACACGCCUCAUUUUUAAUAAUGAUACAUAAAAAUAGAGCAAAUUAGGCAGAAUGAAUACGCAGUUCUAGAUGAAGUUAUCUAAUAAAUUAUUGUACAAAGUAAAGAGCAACUCCUUGGACUAAGUGAGAAUAUACGUCACAAUAUACCACUAUUCUGUUGGUUCUGUUUCUGCUUUUUUUUUCUGAGGACAAUCACACACACACACACACACACACACACGGGCACAAACAUCUGGACACAAACAUCUGGACUGUUAACACUAAGGAGGGAAAUUUGAUAUGUGCAUCUUUUCCAGCUGUUUCUCUCCAAGCAGGCACAAGUUCACCUCAAACUGAUGGACAGACGGACGCCUGCAGACUGAAGUUUCCUUCAUUCAUUAUUUUGGUCUUCUUUUUUUUUCUUAAUGUAUCUUGUGUGUUGCUUUGGUACUGAACGUGGAACCACCCCCUGUAGUUGCAGUAUUACAAAGAGCAGUGGUGGGAAGAGUUUAAUAACAAGGACAUUUUGAAUAAUCUGCCGCUGUUUGUUUUUCUCUUUUUUUUUUUUUUUUUAUUUCUAGUAGAAGUGGUGCUUGUAAACCCCCCGUCUGUUGUGGAAUCAGGUUGUUCCAACACAAUAACCAGAUCAAACUGGGCUCACACAAACCAUCAUUGGUAAUCAUGUUAAAAAGGGGAAUUCAUGCAUUUUGUUUUUUUCAGCUUGGUCCAGCGUGUUUCCUUACAAACGUUUUGGUCUGAGUAGUAGAUCAAUAAGUCUUGAACUGCUCCUGUCGAUUGCUUCAGUUUGGCUACAAAUGUUCCUGAUUGAAGUGCCUCGUCUAAAACGUCUUUUUAUUUUUCCACUGACGGGCUCCGAUUGAUAUUUCAAGUGUCUGACAUCAGUACACAGAGAGAGCUUUUUCUUCUAGCCAGCAACCGUCAUCAAAUUGCUCUCUUCAAAGCUCAAACUCCAUUGACAAAAAAACCUCACACAGAGUACAUAGUGGCUUUUUUUAAAUAUUUUAUUAUGUAUUAUACAAAUGCUUUGUGUGUGUGUAGUUUUUAAAGAUUUUGGGGGCUUUUUUGUGCCAUUAGUAGAGAAACAGGAAAGUGGAUAACGCUAGAAAUCAGGCAGAGAAAGAGUGAGGAACGACAUGCGGGAAAAGGAUCCACAGGUUGGACUGGAAUCCAGGCUGCUCAUCAUACAGGCGCGCUAACCAACCACUAGGCCACCAUCGCCCCCACAGAUGUUGUGUUUGAUCAUCAUUUAAAAAAAAAAAAAAAAAUGUAGGCCUUUAUUUGUAGAUAUGACAGAGUCAGAAACCAGGGAGGGGGAGAGAGAGAGAGAGCCAGAGGGUCGUAUCCGAACCUGGGCCGUCCGCCUGGAGGACAGCAGCCUCCGUACAUGGGGCGAGCACUAUCCUCUAGACCGCCGGCAUCUCAUGUUUGAUCAUGAUUAACCAUCUAAAACCAAACGGCACAAGACGAAGUGAGAUGAUUCGAUGUAAGAGUAAGAUCCAUUUUGAGGCCAGAAAGCCACCGAACUCCUUUGACAGAAACACAAGUUUUACUUUGCAGAAUACGGUUGCUUGUCCACUUGAUUGUUUCCUUGAUUGCUUAGCGGUUUUUUGUGUAAUCGUGGGUUGCAUUAAUGUUUUGUUUGAUCAUAACCGACCAUUUAAAACAGGAAAGUGACACAAUAGCGCAGUAAAAGUCUGAUGAGGGGCAACAGCAGAGCAGCAGCUCCUGUGCUCUGCCGGCUAAAAUAAGUGCUUUUGUCAAUGAAGUCUGGUGGCUUUGAAGAGAAGGGUGUUACAGCUGUUUCUUAGAUGAAAAGAAACUAAAUGUUCUUAAACAAAAAGAUCUGUUUUUGUCGGGGUACUUUUUAAAAAAAUGUUGUCAGACACUUAGAAUAAAAAUUAAAGUCUUAAAUUGGCAAAAACAAGAACUUGAAGAGGAUUAUGCUGAAGUCACUACAGCCUGUUUCACGACUGCUGGCUGAAGUAAAUCCACAGGAGAGGUACCAAAACCCUUUUCCAUUCAGAGGGCAAAAAAAGGUUAAAAUAUGGCCCUGGUUUAAAAAAAAAACAACAACUUCCCCUUCAAGUACUGAAUGACACCAGAAACAUUGUUUUCUUUCAAGCAGUGUGAAAAGGUGCUCGUAGUAUAGAAAGAGCUGCAUCAAUCGGUUACUCAAUCCAUAAAUCAGUCAAAAAGAAAAUUCAAAUCUCCCAACAUUUUCAGCUUUCAGCUCCUUAAAGCUGCAGACCUGCUGCUCUUCUUCGUCUCAGUUUGAUUGUAAAAGAAGAAUCUUUUGGUUUUCCACAUGUCUGUUUGACAAACGAAGCAAUACGAAGAUAUCACUCCGAGCAUUUUUUUUCUCAAUUAAAACAAAUAACAGACUGAAUGAUGAAGUGCUCAUAGAACAAAUGGAAUGUGCAGCCUAGGUAUGAAUCUACUUUUUAACGGACACUCCUGUAUGAAAACACAAAACUACAAAUGCAAAAAUGAGUACAACUUGCCGGAUGCUAAAGUGCAAAGUUCAAUCCUCAGCCUCGAUUGGCAGAUGAAUCUCCUCUUUUUUUAUUUUCAUUAGAAAUCUUUGGACCUGAUUGUAAAUAAACUUGAGGCAGUGUUUUUAGUUUUUUUUUGCAGUACAGCGUAAAAGGAAAGUAGUGUGUUUUUGAAAGCAGCUGCUGUAGGUAUAAUGAGAUUUGUCCUGUGUUCUUGUUUGUUUUAUUUUCUGCUUUAGGCCGAGCACCUCCACGGCACGCUCAACAAUCUCACCAGCUACCGCGUUUAGUGAAGGUUUGAAACGGCGCGCAUCCUUUGCUGUUAUAAAGAAGCUUAUACGCAGAGACGAAACAAACCUAGUUUACAAAUAUCACACAGGAGCACUGAUGGAUGCUGCAGGUAGUGUGCAGUUUAACCUUUUAUUUUAUUUUUUAUUAAUUAAUUUGGCAGCAACAUGUGAAAAUGUGAAUAAAUGGUGAGUCCCCCCCCUUUCCUGUUAGUCUUGUAUACAGCCACACACACACACAUCUGCUUAUAAUAAUCAUAAUAAAUGCCUUUUCUCUUUCUUUUCUUUUCUUUUUGAAGACUCGAUUCACCUUUCUGUUUGAAUGGACCCACAGGGACGACGUUUGUGUUGUUGUUGAGGUUCAGAUUAAUGGUUGACAAUCUGGAGUGUCAUCUCACAACCCUCUUUUGUUAGAAAAUGGAAAACAGAAACACUGGAAUGUCAAAGCUUUUUUUAAAUAAAAUAAAAACAUUUAAAUGUG